AUGGCAACCCAAAUCACUUUCCAGCGAUCGCACAAUGAAGAACCAUAUCCUAGUUCGGAACGAAUGUUUGAAGAGAAAUUCACAUCCUUCGGCCUUUCAACGGAACGAUCACCCAAUUCGUUGAUGACAAUUUGUCGUCAGAUAGCGGUUCUUCUGGCUGUACAUGGCUUGAUCGCGGAAUCGGUGGACCUAAUUGAACUGAGCGAUAAGUUCUCUCGAAAUGGAAUCGUGCUCUCUGCAAGUGGCUUGUAUUUUGCAUUCGAAGCGGCGAAUGUAUGGCCCUGCACGGUCCCUGAAGAACACAAAACUGUCGAACAUCUGAACUCCUUGGACACUGAUCCACUUGGAGAUUGGGGGAACAUAGUCAUAGACCCACGUGUAGACUGUCCACCACUUUCUGUGGAUGAAGAAGGCCUGACAAGACUUCUAAAAUACAUCAACGGGGACCAGAAAGAGAGACUCGCUUAUCCCAGUGCGCAUUUUCCUGGUCGAGUUUGUAUUUUAUUCCUGGCAGAUGCACGAUCCAUGGCAAUAGACUUCGCUUUGCGAUUGGGCCACGAAGAUGAAGCGGAAAGGCUGCUUGUUGGUCAUGGAACAGAUCCUACAUCUGUAGCCAAAUCUAGAAUCGCUUGGAGGUUGUUGAAGGAUGGUAAGAUGUUUAGUCGAGCAAAUGUAGAGGAAGCUCGAGUGCAAUACCGACGGCUCAGAGAUGUUCUGAACAACCGCUUAGAGAAAGGUCCACUUGAUCUUUUGAAGGACAAGACGUUACUGGAGUUGGUGGAGUUAUUGGACAAGCACACAGUAGCACAUGAUGAUGGUGAUGAAGAUGACCAUCUUGAAGAAUACAGGCUGCGCGACUUCCGAGGUAAUCGCAGUAUUCGCUACGAACCAGCCACGAACUCCCAAAUAUCAACAUUGGAACACAAAUUAAACACUACCCUUCCAGAUGAUUACAAAGACUUCCUCAAGAUAUCCAAUGGGCUUCGAUUCAUUUGGAACGGCUACUUCAGGCAGGGAUUUCUAGGCCAAUUGAGCGACAUCCAAAAGGGCGAACACAUCCUACAAGGGAGCGAUGCUCUCGAAUUCUCUCUCAUGGAGUGGUCCGAGCUACCUUUCAAGGUGGAAUGGCCGAAGCUCGAUCAGCAGCAGGCUCUGCAUGUCAGCAGCUUGAAUGAGGAAGGAGAUGUAUGGAUUGUGGAACCGAGUCUGGUGACUGAAGCGAAAAAGGCGUUUUGGGAUGUGUAUAAUGAUCCUGGCACGAGUGAGGAAGCCCGGACAACUGCCUUCCGAGUGGUAUCUGAUCACUUUGGGAGUACUGAUGGUUUUAAUGAUAUGGAGUGGGCUGUUGUAUCGUGGACUCAUUGGGGGAUGACGAUGCUGGUUUGGAAGUCUUUUCGGGAUUUUUUGGAGCAUCUUGUUGUUCAAGGUGGAAAGUGA